GAUUCUAGAUUUAGAGAAAAGAGAAGUUUUCUUCUACAAUCCUAGCGUAGGCAGAUCGAUUCCAGGUCGGCUAUGUGUUAUUUGAAUCGCAGUGCCUUUAUCGCCCGAUGCAGAAACGCAUCGGAAGCUGACAUAAGAUUGCAAUGGCGUGCACGGAAUAUGAAACACGCAUCACACAGAAACUCGUUCGACUGCGGAAUGUAUUGCCUUAUGGUGGGUAAUUCAAGUAACCGAAAAGUAACUUACACAAAAUGGCCGAGUCGCGCGACAUUAUUUUGACAAAAUGGCAGACAUUAGAGACGCUAACCACCGACGACCCAGACAAUUUCGACGAGUCGACAGACAAAUGACGGAUUUCGACGACGAAGAAUUACGAAGACGUUACAGAUUUUCGACGACAAACAUAGACAAACUAGUGGACUUGAUCGGACAUGGGCUACAACGACGUACGAGACAAAACCAACCCUUGACACCGCGGAAACAAAUAAUGAUAGCGCUUAGAUUUUAUGCUUCGGGGAACUUCCUUCAAAUUAUUGGGGAUACUUUGGGGUAGAUGUUGCCACGGUGUCAAGGGUUGUGACGGCAGUUACUGACGCCUUAUUUGUGCUGAAAGACCGGACUAUACGAUUUCCGACAUCGACGGACGAACUUAAGGACGCCCAGACAGUUUUUUUUCGCGGUAUGCCAUGCGUAAUCGGUUGCUUAGACCGAACGCAUGUAAAAGUCCUUUCCCCGGGUGGUGAACAAGAACGCAGCUUUGUCAACAGAAAGCACCAACAUACCAUUAUUGUCCAAGCAACAUGCGAUCAUAAAGGAAGAUUCUCCAGCAUUAACGCCGCCUGGCCGGGCUCUUGUCAUGACGCCCAUGUGUUCAGGGUGUCUGAACUUUGUCGGCACAUGGAGGAAAACCAUCAAGAUUACCAGCGAGGAGUAUUGCUCGGUGACUCCGUGUAUCCAUGUAGACCUUUCCUCAUGACGCCAUACUUAAAUCCAGUCACUGACGCAGAAGUAAGGUUCAACACUGCCCAUACAGGAAUUCGCAACCUCAUCGAACGGGUGUUCGGGAUGUGGAAAAGGAAGUUUCAUGUACUGCAUUCAGAGAUAAGGAUGAAGCCAGCAAAGUGCUCGAAAGUUAUCGUCGUUUGUGCAAUUCUGUACAACCUCGCCUUGCUCUGGAAGGAGCCCGAUGUAGUCGACGUAGUUGUUGACGAACAGCCUGCAGCCGACACAUACACCGGACAAAUGGACGGACGAGGUGUUAGGGCGCACAUCGCAAGCGCAUACUUCUCUUGAGGCAAGUUGUACUAGUACAAAUA